UUUUUCGCGUUUCGCACGUUCAAUAGAUAACAUUAUAUAUCGCGCAGAGCUGUCAUCGUAAUCGGAUCAUCGUCGAGGAUCAUUGUCGAGAACAAAGAACUCUGAAUCAUCGUCGUAUCGUUCAAAACGAGAAGCACGAUGGAAUCGUCGGCAGCUUCGGUGCUGAAACGUGCUGUAGAUAUGGACAGGAAAGAGCAGUACACAAUAGCGUUGGUGUUGUAUCAGGAAGGUGUGCAGAUACUCCUUGAUGCUGUGAAAGAAACAAAGGUAGCAUUCAAAGUGGAAUACCUGACCAUUAAGGCAAAGGAAUACCUGGAUAGAGCCGAGAAAGUGAAGAAAUUGAUCAGCGACAGAAAAUCAGCCGGUACAUACAGGGAACUGACUAAAAUCGAGAAUGGAUCAACAGGGCAUGGCUAUGCAAGUGUUUUUGGAAGAUUCCUGGAUGGAACUGUCACUUAUAUUGAUAUUGAGGAUCCGUACAUACGAGCCUUUCACCAGUGUCAAAACCUGGUUAGAUUAUGCGAGCUGGCAGUCCUAAAGUGCUCUACACUGACCAGGAUAUCUCUGCUUACCACUUAUGAUUCAGAAGAAACUACUCAAAUCACGAGAUUGGCCGAGUUGAAGGAGAGUUUGGCGUCUCACAAUGUCUCCUUUGAUUUUUCCUUUUCUAUGACAUUGCAUGACAGGCAAAUCAAAUUGAGCAAUGGAUGGGUGAUAAAAAUUGGACGUGGAUUGGAUUACUUCAAAGCACCAGAGGGCAAAUUCGUCCUUGGCUCAUGCGAUCUAGAAUUGAGACCAUGCUUGGAAACCACUGUCGACAUUUUUCACCAGACUCAACUAACGGACGGGACUGCAUAAGACAUAGUUAAUUUAUAAUGUAAUCAUGGUUACUAUUUUUUUAUAUUUUUUUUCCUUUUCGCGAAUGUAUUAUACAGACUAUGGCACAUUUUUUAGUGACAGUACAAUAAGACAACUAUAUUUUUACAAUAUAUGCAUAUCAUUACAAUACAAUACACUAAUUGUAAGUUAAAUAUUUCUGUACAAAUUU